UAUCCUCAGUUUAACUUUAUCUCAGUAUCAAUUUAUCUCAGCAUCAAUUUAUCUCAAUAUCUAUUAUGGAUACAACAUGUCUGGCUCUCAACAAUGGCAACAAAAUUACAAAACAUGGUAAAAGGCAAGGAAAAAAAUCACAAUCUGAAGAGACAUGAUGAUCAUCAGAACAAGACUCAGUGAUGACGAUGCAUAUUUUGGAAAUAGCAAUCAAGAAAUUUUACAUAACUAUGAUUAAGAUGUUAAGGACACUAGUGGAAAAUGUAGAAAAUAUUCAAUAAAAGAUGAUUAGUAUAAGCAGAGAGAUGAAAAUUCUAACAAAGAACCAAAAGAAAAGGCUAGAAGUUAAAAUAACUACAAUAGAUUUUUUUAAAAAAUGCUUUCAAUGGUUUCAUUAGUAGACCAGACAUGUUUGGGGAAAGAAUUAGUGAAACUAAAGAUAGGUCAAAAAUACAUUUUAAAACAAAGUGCCAAGAAAAAAAUAAAUGAAAAAAAAAAAAGGUGAAGGACAUCAAAGAUCCGCUGGGCAGUUUCUAAAGUUGUACAAAAUGGGAAACUAGAAUAGCAGAAGGAAGAGAAAGAGAGAAAUGAGGAGAAUCUAUCUAAGUGAGUAAUGGUCAAGAAAUUUUAAAGCAUAAUGACAUGAAACAAACGACCGGUCCAGGAAGGUCAGAGAAUAUAAUUCAUGACAAACAACAAAAAUACAGCACCAGACAUAGCAUUUACUAUAUGUAGAAUAAAAUAAAAUAAAAUAAAUCAAUAAAUAGACAAAGAGAAAAUCUUGAGAGAAUCUGGAUUGAAAACUACAUUCCUUGUAGAGAAAAAAGAGUAAGGAUUUCAGCCCACUUCCACUAAGAAACCAGGCAAGAAAGCAGAGAGUAGAGGGAAAUGUUUAAAGUGUUAAAGGAAUAAAUGCACCAACUUAGAAUUCUACAUCUAGCAAAAUUAUACCUCAAAAGCAGAGGGGAAAUCAGAAUUUACCAGACAAUAAAACACUAACAAUAUACUGUCAGAAAACUUUCCUGCAAAUGUGUUAAAAGAGGUUAUUCAUGGAGAAGAAUGAUAUAGAUCAGAAACCUGUAUUUACAAUAAGAAAGCAAGUGUGUUGAAAAAGAAAAAGAAAUGUUUUUUUCUUAUUGUAAAUCUAUUUAAACUAUAUGUUUGUUUAAAGUAAUAUUAGUAAAUGUGUUGGGCAAUUACAGCAUGUGGGUAAGUGAAAGGACUGAUGGUGAUGUUACAAAAGAUACGAAAGAUGAACUGGGACUAUUCUAUUAAUGUGUCCAGAAUUGGUGGGUUCUUGGUCUCACUGACUUCAAGAAUGAAGCUGCGGACCCUCAUGGUGAGUGUUACAGUUCUUAAAGAUGGUGUGUCCAGAGUUUGUUCCUUCUGAUGUUCGAACGUGUUGGGAGUUUCUUCCUUCUGGUGGCUACGUGGUCUCGCUGGCUUCAGGAGUGAAGCUGCAGACCUUCGCAGUGAGUGUCACAGCUCUUAAGGUGGCACGUCUGGAAUUGUUCAUUCCUCCCGGUGGGUUCGUGGUCUCGCUGGCCUCAGGAGUGAAGCUGCAGACCUUCGCGGUGGUUGUUACAGCUCAUAAAGGUAGUGUGGACCGAAAGAGUGAGCAGCAAGAUUUAUUGCAAACAGCGAAAACACAAGGCUUCCAAGGUGUGGAAGGGGACCCAAGCAGAUUGCUACUGCUGGCUGUGGCAGCCUGUUUUUAUUCCCUUAUCUGACCCCCACCCACAUCCUGCUGAUUGGUCCAGUUUACAGAGAGCUGAUUGGUCCGUUUUGACAGGGUGCUGAUUGCUGCGUUUACAAACCUUGAGCUAGACACAGAGUGUUGAUUGCUGCAUUUACAAUCCUCUAGUUAGACAUAAAAGUUCUCCAAGUCCCCACUAGAUUAGCUAGACAGAGUGCUGACUGCUGCAUCCACAAACCCCGAGCUAGACACAGAGUGCUGAUUGGCGCAUAUACAAUCCUCCAGCUAGACACAAAAGUUCUCCAAGAUCCCACCUGACUCAAGAGCCCAGCUGGCUUCGCCUAGUGGAUCCCGCGCUGGGGCCGCUGGGGGAGCUGCCCGCCAGUCCCACGCCAGGCACCUGCACUCCUCAGCCCUUUGGUGGUUGAUGGGACCAGGCGCCGCGGAGCAGGGGGCGGUGCCGGUCGGGGAGACUCCGGACAGGGGCGGGGGAGCCCGCAGGGGAAGGCGCGGGCGGAGAGAGGCUCCGGCAUGGCGGGCUGCAGGUCCCGAGCCCUGCCCCGCGGGGAAGUGGCUGAGGCCCGGCGAGAAUUCCAGCCCGGAGCGGGCGGGCUGGCGGUGCUGGGGAACCCGGCGCAUCCUCCGCAGCUGCUGGCCCUGGGUGCUAAGCCCCUCACUGCCCGGGCGGUGGCGCCAGCCUGGCCCCUCAGAGUGCAAGGCCGCAGAGCCCGAGCCCACCCGGAACUUGCGUUGGCCUGCGUGUGCCGGCGUGUGCCGCGCGCAGCCUCAGUUCCCGCCUGUGCCUCUCCCUCCACACCGCCCCACAAGCAGAAGGAGUCGGCUCCGGCCUUGGCCAGACCAGAGACAGGCUCCCACAGUGCAGCGGCGGGGCGAAGGGCUCCUCAAGCGCGGCCAGAGUGGACGCCGAGGCCGAGGAGGCACGGAGAGCGAGCAAGGGCUGCCUGCACGCUGUCACCUCUCAUUAAGCACUGAGGCUCACAUUUCCUCUGGAUGUCCACUUGGGAUUGCACAAGCUGCUAGAAGACACCCUUUGAUUCUUGCAUGUGGCCCCUUUCCGUCUUCAAAGGCAGCAACAAUACACUGAACCCUUUUUGUGAUUCAAAUCACUUUGACUUCUCGGGCUGCAAGCCAGGUAAGACUCCUUUUUUCC